CCUUUACAUAACUUUCUUGAUGUCGAAGAAAUGCAAAGCACAUAUAUCUCCCUCCAAUUGGGCAAAGUACAUAAAAUUACACAAAUCGAUUCAACAAAUCACAGCAACAACAAAUAAAUACAGAGAUGGAGAGAGGAAGGAACGGGCGAGUGUCGCGAGGGAUGCUACCGUUACUCGCGUUUCACGCCAUCAGCGAGUACUCGCGGCUCGAUCGGAAACCGCCUGUGACGGCGGCGCUUGUGGCGGCGAAUACACUCAUAUAUCUGAGACCUAAGUUCAUUAAUCAUCUCAUUCCUACUCUCGAUCAAGUCUGGUUCAAUCCAUAUCUCAUUCUCAAGAACGGGGAUCUCAGACGCUUACUUUUGUCACCUUUUUACCACAUAAAUGAUUCCCAUCUCGUCUACAACAUGAUGUCACUAUUGUGGAAGGGAGUCCAGUUGGAGAACUCAAUGGGGAGCGUGGAGUUCACAUCUAUGGUUGCUGCCUUGCUUGGGUUGUCUCAAGGAAUUACAAUAUUGCUGGCAAAAGCUCUUCUUGUUUUUUUCGAUUAUGAGCGACCUUACUACCAAGAGUAUGCUGUUGGAUUUUCUGGUGUUCUUUUCGCCUUGAAGGUUGUCCUCAAUUCUCAAUCAAAUGAUUAUAGCUAUGUUUACGGAAUUAUGGUACCAUCACGUCUUGCAGCAUGGGUUGAACUGAUUCUUAUCCAAAUGUUUGUGCCUGGUGUCUCCUUCCUUGGUCAUCUUGGUGGGAUUCUUGCUGGGAUUUUGUACAUGCGCUGGAAGUCCUCAUACUUGGGUCCUCGCCCGUUACGAGCAGUAAUUGGUGGCUUUGCCAGUUUCCUGAGUUGGCCUUUUAGAAUGGUGCGAGGUUUCAGUCAGAGGCGUCGAAUCUCUGGUAGGGGAACAGUGGGCAGGGGUCAGACUAGAAAUACACCUCCUACUCCUUGGAGUUGCCCUGCAUGUACCUACGAUAAUUCUGGCUGGUUAACUGUGUGUGAGAUGUGUGGAACAAGUCAGACUGGUGAUGAUAACUUGUUAUCCUCUGGUUUGUCAACUGAUCAGCCCCCUGUGGGAGAUCACCCUUCAUUGGAAGAAUUACGUAAUCGGAGGGUUCAAAGAUUUGGAAGAUGAUAAGGAUAAAUGGGAUUUUUAUUUUUGUAGUACAAUAGACCAAUACAUGUGAGAUAUCCAUUCCUUUAUGUAUCAUAAGAUAGCAAGCUUACAGUCCAACAGUGACUGUCAAAAAUUGUCAAAUGAAGUAACGUGACAGUUAAAACUUGUCAAUGGUGCAAAUGUAGAUUCUGUUUUAUUGUA